AUGAUUGAAACAACGGCAGAAGGACGUUCUGAUGCGGUGGUCGGUGAUAACAUUAAACCGCCCUCACCGGGAUUGGAAGCUCUCCCGAGCCGACAAGCGCAUUACAGGUACAACCGUGCAGAGAUCCAGGCAGAGCUAGCCCACUUCACUAUUCAAUGGAAGCAUCAGGUUGAACUUUUAACGGAGGCUGCCAAGCAAGUAUCACUUCUCCAGAUCGACAGGCAGGUUCACCGUCGCUUGCAAACCUGGCUUCGAGAUCUGAGCUCAACCAAUUUCUGGAUUCAGGGGCCUUAUGACGUUUCAAGAUCGAGCCAAAAUUCCAUGACGGCUGCAUCUCUUACGGCAUUGGCACGAACCCAUAACAUCCCCUUUGUCGCCUAUUUUUGCACCUUCACAAAUCAUGACGCUUUUGGGACGCCCAAGAGAGCUGAACUUAAGGCAUUUCUGGCCUCUGUUGUCACACAACUCGUCCAGCUAAUCCCAGAGAGGGGUUAUUCCCAGGCGAACCUACCUCCUGCUCGCUUUGCAAGCCUCGCACAAGGGACAUUGGACGUGAGCGAGACGCUCCAGUUGAUCCGUGAUGUGCGUGAGCUGGGGCCGAGAUUGGUGCAUGUCUUUAUAGACAACCUUCAAGUAUUGGAGGACCGGUCUAACCGAGCUUACACCAGAGACUUUCUAAGCAUUAUUGCGGCAUUGUGUCGUCUGAACGGCGGGAGGCGGCUCGCUGCAGGGCCUGAUAGGAGCGAGUUGGAGUUUGGCACCAAGAUUUGCUUCACUACGGAAGGAUACGUGGAUGGUCUGGCGCAAGCUGUAGAGCUUCAGUUACUCCAUAAGGUUGAAUAUGAUCUGGAAACAACCGAGACUACGUCGAUGGAGGUCGGCGAGACACUGAAAUGGGGUUCUUGA